CAUCUCAGUGAACGAUAUGGCUCGUAUUCGACGUGUGGCUCCUCCUCCACCACCUGCUCCCGCUGCAUUUUCCCCCUACGGGAACCUGAACGAAAUUCUAACGGAUUCGUACAGUCCAGCUGUUAUUAUUCCACACCGCGACUCAUGUCCUUCUUAUAAGAUAUAUUAUUCGCAUCUCCGGCAUGUCAUCAACACCCUUCAAUCUCAGGCGCCUUUCUCGCAUCUGCGUCCACGGGACGUGUUGACGUUCUUGUUGCCAAACUCGCUCGAAUACGUGGCUGUGUUUUUCGCAACCACUGGAGUGCGUGCCAUCGCCAACCCACUUAAUCCUUCUUAUACCGCGGAAGAAAUUGCAUUCUACCUUCAGGACGUGGGAUCGAAAGCGGUAGUUGUGCCCAAAGGGGACGCAAAAAUCCUUGCUAAUACCAAGAAGGCGGUGGAGAGUCUUGGCGGCGCCAUUCCGAUAUACGAGGUCUGGGCGGAAGUUGGAAGUGUGCUGCGAAGAGACAAGCCAGUGAAGAAGGUUGACAAGGAGAAGAGGGUAAAUGUCAUCGAUCCCAUUGUUCACGUCAGGCCAUCCGAUGCCUCUGGCGCGAUCGGGGCAGCCGUGCAACCGGAGGAACGGGGCGCUCCGGUAGCGGAUGAUAUUGCGCUCAUGUUGCACACCAGUGGAACUACAGGAAGGCCUAAAGGUGUCCCUCUUUCGCACGGGAAUAUUCUUGCCACCUUGCGGAAUGUCGAGGAGACUUUCGGACUCAAUGCAUCUGACGUCUCGUAUCUCGUGAUGCCGCUCUUCCAUGUUCACGGUCUUAUUGGUGUGCUACUUUCAACCUUCCACUCUGGUGGGACUGUGGUCAUCCCUCCAAAGUUCUCUGUGACGCAUUUCUGGCCAGAUUUUAUCGAACACGGCGCCACUUGGUAUUCAGCUGUGCCCACCAUUCACCAAAUGAUGCUCCUCAAAGUCAAAGAGAGCUAUAAAGGAAGCAGUGGCAAGCUUCGGUUUAUUCGGAGCUGCAGUGCUAGCUUAGCGCCCGCCACGCUUUUCCAACUUGAAAAGACGUUCAAAGCACCUGUUGUUGAGGCCUACGCAAUGUCCGAAAGUGCACAUCAGAUCUCGGCGAAUUUUCUGCCUCCUGGCAUGCGGAAGCCGGGCUCUGUGGGUAAAGGCCGUGGAGUUGAGGUGCAGAUUAUGGACGCGGAAGGCAAGCCCUUGAAGACAAGGCAGGCAGGAGAGGUUUGUGUAAGGGGUCCAAACGUGAUUAAAGGGUACCACAACAAUGAGAAGGCUACUCUAGAGUCCUUUUUCGAUGACCCAACGUCACCGUCAGCUCCUAAAUGGUUCCGUACAGGCGAUUUGGGGUACAUUGAUGAAAUGGGAUUCCUGUUCCUUGUCGGCCGUAUCAAGGAACAGAUUAAUCGAGGUGGGGAAAAGAUUAGUCCCCUUGAAAUCGACCAGGUCCUACUUCAACAUCGUGCCGUAAGCGAAGCGGUCGCCUUCCCCGUUCCCUCACAAAUCUAUGGCCAGGAAAUCGAGGCAGCCAUCGUACCCAAAGAUGAAUACAAGGGCAAAGUGAAAGAAGCUGACUUGCUGGCUCAUGCCAAAAAGAGCUUGGCAACCUUUAAAAUUCCACGUAAAAUUCACAUUGUCGAUAGUGUACCAAAGACGGCGACUGGCAAAGUGCAGAGGAGGCAUGUUGCUGAAGUCUUGGGUCCCAAGGCAAAGUUGUAGAGAUGGCGCGGAAAUCGUUUAGAUAUCCUAGUACCCCCCUACUUGUUACAUUUUUGUACUUAACUGCUAAAAGAGACGCAGUGCAGUCGUAGACCUGCAGAAUUAACAAUCUCUCAUUUAACUGGGAACCAUACAAUGUUAUUAUCAGAAAAAAAAUGUCGUCUUCACUUCAAA